AAACGGGGUGCGGCGCCUGCGUCAUAGCCUGUUGCAAUUGCUGCGCAUGCGUCUUUCAACAGACAAGGAGAGAAGAAAAGUUUUUCGGGAGAUACUGGGAAGGGUCGCGCUAGGCGGCUUGGGUAUAGUUGGGGCGGCGGUGGGUUUGGGUGCGGGCACUGGAUGCAUGCGUUGGGCACUCCGAAAGGGCAGCGGGAUGUACCAGCUAUCACUAGCAGCUCACAGGUGGGCGUUGGAGGAGAUGUUCGUGACCCGCAGCUGAAUAAAAGCAGCGCCGCUCGCCCCUGAACACAAGGCGCUGGGUGUGCGUGUGGGACCCUGCCCCGGGGAAGUAAUGCUGCGCGGAGCGGCUGAGUGAGCCAGUGUGGGGGCGCCACAGCCGAGGGGCGGGAAUGUUGUUAUCCAGAAAGAAAACCAAGAAAGAAGUUUCCAAGCCUGCGGAGGUGCAGGGGAAAUCUGAUGCCUUCUUUUAUCCGCCAUGGGCCAACUAUACCGAGACGGACUGAUAUCUGCCCACCAGAGACAAAUACUACGCCCUACACCCCCCCAGGAGAUGGAGCUGUUUCUAGGAACCAAAGCUUUUUGCGAACACCAGUUCAGAGAGCUCCACAAGAAAUUUUGCGCAGAGAAAGCAAUAGACUUUCUGCACCUCCCUACUUAGUAAGGGGACUAAGUGAUGUUCCCAGGGAAUAUGCCUCCUCAUCUCAGUCAUUUUUAACAGAUUCCAGUGCAGUUAUGGAAAAUGGAGAUGUGAACAGCAGAUAUUUUUGCUCAGAUUUUCAAUAUGAUGGACAGAGGAGAAGACAAGUUGGGGAUCGUGUACAUGAAGACUACAGAUAUUAUGAGAACAGCAAUGACCAUGUCCAGAGGAUUGUACAGGCACCUGGCAGGCACCCAGCUGGUAUUGGUAGAGUUGCUGCUACGUCACUAGGAAAUCUAACAAAUCAUAGUACUGAAGAUAUGCCUCUGCCACCUGGCUGGACAGUGGACUGGACUAUAAGAGGAAGGAAAUACUACAUAGAUCACAAUACAAACACUACCCAUUGGAGCCAUCCACUUGAAAGGGAAGGAUUGCCCCCUGGUUGGGAGAGAGUUGAAUCAGCAGAAUUUGGAGUGUAUUAUGUGGACCAUAUUAAUAAAACAGCCCAAUACAAACACCCAUGUGCUCCAAGUGUUCCCCGAUAUGACCAGCCGCCCCCUCUCCCUCCUCCAGUAACUUAUCAGCCUCAGCAAGUGGAAACUCAGGCCUUGCUUGUCCCAGCUAAUCCUUACCACACAGCAGAGAUUCCUGACUGGCUUCAGGUUUAUGCAAGGGCUCCUGUAAAAUACGACCACAUCCUGAAGUGGGAACUCUUUCAACUGGCAGAUUUGGACACAUACCAGGGCAUGCUGAAACUGCUUUUCAUGAAAGAACUGGAACGCAUUGUGAAACUGUAUGAGGCAUAUAGGCAGGCUCUCAUCACUGAGGUGGAGACUCGGAAGCAAAGGCAGCAGUGGUAUGCGCAGCACAACAAGAAUUUCUGACAAUCUUUUUAUUAUCUGUCUUUCAAGAAGUUGGACUUAAAUGGACACACCAGAUUUCACAUAUGAUAUGCAACUGGAAAUAAGCAGAGACUAUCCGCCAAAAUGGUGAUAAGAACAGUUUAUUUGUGACCAUUUUUGUAAAGUUUAAGCAUUUACCAAUGCAAAAUAUUGAGAUAUUUAUACAGUUUUAGUAUUAGUGAAUUGGGACAAAAUAAGGGAACUUUCCAUGUUUCGCCAUCCAUUUAGAUGAUUUUCCAGACACAUUGUAAACAACAUAUAUUUAUUAUAAACAGUAAACAACUGACUGUAAUGCAGUUAAAGCAAAUGCUAUAACAGAACAGUGUUUUAUAGGCUGCAUAUUAAAGUAAGUGUGAUAUCUUAAUGGUUAACCAGUCUUUGGGUAUUGUAUAUCAUUAUGUGUUUUUAGCUAUCUGCUAAUACUGAUAUGAGCUCUUUCCUUAUAUAUGUCAGCUGAAGCAAGGCUUCUCAUGAUUCUAUUUCAAGUAUCCAAAGGAAUUUAUAUAUUUUUAAUAUUACAAUUUUAUAAAUCUUUUGGUCCCAACUUUUAUUUUAUGGUAUUUCUCUCUAAUAUCCAGGCCUUGGGGAGUAAAGAAUAUUUCAUGUUAACCCCCCCACCUAAAUAAAUGAUUAGUACAUUAACCCUGUA